AACUUUGAUUGAGCCAUGAGCAACUUUAAUUGGAGAAGAGCAUCUCCAAAGACCCAAUAACCGGGGUGAGACAAGUAAUUCCAACAAUCCUUCUCUAUAAACAUCAUUCCUGUAAACUACGAUCAUUAUGCAGUGUUUCACAAAAGAGAACUUGGGGAGAGACCUCAAAAACAUGGGUGAAGAGAGGCAGGAGAAUAAUCUUGAAGUGAGAGCAAAGAUUAUCAAGAAAGCUUUCCAUUAUGCCAUGAAAGCUCACAAGAAUCCAGAAAAGCCGUUUGUUAUCAGGAAGCGCUGCCUCUCAUCAAACGUCAUUUUCGCCUUCCCGGGCACUUGGUCUACAGCUGACUGGAUCCCUACGGAAACAAGCACCAGACACUUUGGACAGGCCAAGGUCAAUCUCGAGGUUUUCCCUUCUCUCAGAAGCAUAGGCAAUGAUGAAGCUGCCUCUGUCCAUGAUGCCUUUCUCCGCAGAUUCUUAUUAAUUGUAGAGAAGCCAAAGUUCCAAAAUGAGGUGGAAAAGGCUCUGAAAAGGAAGAAGCAAAUAAUAUUUGCAGGCCAUUCCGGAGGUGGUCCAGUCGCAAUAUAUGCCACUGUUUGGCUCUUUGAGUACCUCAGAUCAAAGAAGAUUCAAGCUUCAUCACCUUUCUGCUUAACUUUUGGUUCUCCUCUGAUGGCCGACCACAUAUUCGGUCAUGCCGUCCGGCGUGAGAAGUGGUCCGACUGCUUCAUACAUUUUAUUACCAGAUAUGACAUCAUCCCUCGAAUUAUGCUUGCUCCGCCAUCUUACACAGAACAAAUCCUUCCGGAAAUUCUCCCCUUUUUCAGUAAAAAUUCCCAAAAUUCAACACAAACAUCCCUGGAAAAUGAUGAGUUCGUCACGGUCGUUUUCGAGAAUGUCAUGAGAAAUGCUUCCAGUGUUGCAAGCCAAGCUGCCUGUAAAUUAAUGGGUAGCACAAACUAUUUAGUGGACACCAUUUCCAGCUUCGUUGAGCUUAGCCCCUAUAGACCAUUUGGGACGUAUGUCUUCUGCUACGGGAAUAAGAAAGUCUUAACGGUGAGAAACCCUGACGCCGUGCUGCAAUUACUGAUUUACUCUUCUCAACUAAGCUCCAGAGACGAAGGAUCUGAGGUAGCACAGAUGAGCUUGAGCGAACAUUUAGCAUAUAAAACCAAACUCGACGAAAUAGCCGGAAACCAAGAGAUUUAUUGCUUGGACAAAUUCCGAGAGUUGCCCCUGAAUUCAGAGGAAUGUGCAGACAGUGAAGCUCAAACCAUCAACACAGCCUUAAAUGAACUCGGUCUGAGUGUAAGGGCAAGACUAUGUCUGCGUGCGGCUAGAGAGGCAGAGAACCAUAAGAUAGCUAACCAGAAGAAGAUCGACACCAACAGGGACAACAUGGAGAAAGCCAUGACUGUAUUAGAAGGUUACCGGACUUCAUGUGAGACUCGAAGAGUGGGAUACUAUGACUCCUUCAAGCUACAGAAAUACCAGGAAGAUUUCAUGGCCAAUAUAAAGAGACUCGAACUGGCGGGCAUGUGGGACGAGAUCAUCGAGAUGUUGAAGAGAUACGAGCUCCCAGAUGGAUUUGAGGGAGAGGAUUCUUGGGUGGAGCUUGGAACGAAAUACCGCCGCCUCGUGGAGCCCUUCGACAUCGCCAACUACUAUAGGAACUCGCUGAAUGCUGACACUCAGUUGUACAUGAAGCCUGGGAGCAGGCCGAAACGAUACUGGUACACUCAAAGAUGGCGUGAGCAUAAGGAAAAUAUACCGAGAGGGUCGAGUGGAGAAUCCACUUUCUGGGCUGACGUGGAGCAGCUCAGAAUCGAAAUGAUCGCCAACAAAACACCGUUCAAUAGCGAGAAGGAGAAGGUCUUGGAGCUGGAGGAGAAUCUGAAGGCAUGGUACGACGCGACGCUGGUGAAGAAGGAUGUGUUCUUGCCCGAGACAACUCUGGUCAAAUGGUGGAAAACUCUCCCUGAGCAACACAGAGCAUCAUCAUGCAUCAAAGAACUCAUAAGCAGCUGAUUGUAGCAACUUUGCCAGUAAUAGCAGACGGAGUGUAAGCUCAAAAUGACCUGAUUGUUAUGUAUAUGAAUAGCAUGUAAAAUAUUUAAAUAAAGAAAAUAUCGAAAUCGACCGAGAA